CCGCUCGCCUAACGUCAACCCGAGCGUUUAUACGUGUGAUUUCUCUUUGAUUCAUCCGUCCGCCUUCCGCCGGGGUAGAUUUUUAAGAAGCAGGGAAGAGAAAACACGACCGACUCCUCUCUCUCUCUCUCUCUCUCUCUCUCUCUCUCAUACACACACACACAGAUAAGCGGACGCGAAUUCGAGUUGGGCGCACGCGCUUUUCCUCCAUUAGGGAUUCCCUUUCUUCGCCGACCGUCCAGCUUCGAUCUCCCGUGGAGGAGGGCUACCUGUUGUUGCAUUCUCUGGAAUUGGAUCGGAGCUCCCCCGAGGGAUCCCAUCUUGUUAGGGUUCCGUGCUCGCGGCGAUGGCGGGCGCGCUGGUGGAACGUGCCACAAGCAGCAUGCUGAUUGGUCCCGACUGGGCCAUGAACGUCGAGAUCUGUGAUAUCCUCAAUCGCGACCCGGGGCAAGCUAAAGAUGUUGUUAGAGCCCUCAAAAAACGUAUUGGGCAUAAAAGCCCGAAGGUUCAGCUUCUUGCACUUUCACUAUUGGAAACAAUGAUAAAAAAUUGUGGGGAAAUAGUUCAUAUGCAUGUUGCUGAGAAAGAUAUGUUACACAAGAUGGUCAAGAUUGUAAAGAAGAAGCAACCUGAUUCUCACGUUAAGGAAAAGAUACUUACAUUAAUGGAUACAUGGCAAGAAGCUUUUGGUGGUCCACAGGCAAGAUAUCCUCAAUACCAUGCAGCAUAUCAGGAACUGUUGAGAGCUGGAGCUGUAUUUCCUCAGAGAUCUGAGAGGUCUGCACCUGUAUUUACGCCACAAACACGGCCUCUGGAAUCUUAUCCUCCGUCAGUGCGAAGUCCUGAUUAUCAAAAUGAAGCACCUGAAUCUUCAAUAGCAUCUGAUUUUCCUGCUUUGAGUCUCACAGAGAUUCAGAAUGCCAGUGGUCUCGUGGAUGUUCUUGCAGAGAUGUUGAAUGCCGUAGACCCUGGAAACAGGGAGGGGCUCAAAGAGGAAGUAAUUGUUGACCUUGUCAGUCAAUGUCGUACUUAUAAACAAAGAGUGGUGGAUCUUGUUAACACAACCUCAGAUGAGGAACUUCUUAGCCAAGGACUUGCUCUGAAUGAUAAUUUGCAGAAAGUACUAGCAAAGCAUGAUGCUAUUGCUGCAGGAAUUGCUGUUCAUGUUAAGAAAGAAAAAUUUCUUCAGGCACUUGUAGAUGUUGAUGAUUCUUCAACUAGCAAAGAGCAAGAUCAGAGGUUGUCAGCUACAAGCACAAGCUCAACAGACCAGCCCCCUCUUCAGCAACUAUUGCUGCCCGCACCACCUGUAUCUGAUGGUUCAGCAAAGUCUUCAACAAUAAUUCAUGCUAAUAUGGACCUUCUCAGUGGCGAGGAUUUUAAUAAACCUUCAAAGGAGAAUUUAUUAGCUCUUGUUCCUGUUGGUGAACGAAAUACCAAUUCUGCCUCUGAUCAGAACAUGUUAGCACUUGCAGACAUGUUUUAUCCAGACAAUGCUAACAGUAACAGCAGAGGUCCUGCAAAUGCUUUUGAUGCGGAUUCUACAUUUGCAACACAACAAACAUAUGCCACUGGAACGAACCCUCAGCUGCCCCAGCAGACACAACAGCUUGCUCGUUUUAAUGAUGGAGGCAGCCCAAGCUCAGGGGCACCUCAAUUUGGGCAGGCAAGCCAUGACACUGCAGUGCAUCUAAACCAGGCAAGCACUGCAUGGAAUGGUCAACUCGCUUCAACAUACAAUCCACAGCAGCAGGCACUCAGUUAUGGUCCAAAUGAUCAAGAUGGAGCUCUUCCCCCACCGCCUUGGGAGGCGGAAGCUGUCCAGCAUGAAUCGCCUGGUUUUCAGCCUCAACCACAUCAAACUGGGCAGCUUAGUGGUAUGCACUCCUUUCCAGCACAAACCAGCCAGCAUGCAGACAUGCCACCCCAUCCUAUGGCAGGUGGUCAGCUGGGAGGCAUGCAUUCACAACAUAUAUUGGGUGCCCAGCCUACAGGGCUGCAACCUCAACUAAUGCAGAGCAAUCAGUUUGUAGGCAUGCAUCCUCAAAUGCAGAACAGCCACAUGCCAUCUACAUUUCCACAGCAUAUGCUUGGAGGGCAUGUGGUAGGUGUGGGUCAACAGGCCAUGCAGGGGGUUCAGCUGACAGCCUAUGGAUACGGGCAACAACCGGGUGCCCAAUUCUACGAUCCAGCGAGACCUGCAUACCCUUAUUCUACUCCAAAUGAGCUUGCACAGAGAAUGUAUGGCCUUUCUAUGCAAGACAAUAGCACAUAUGCGAGUCAGUCCUCUUCCUAUCAGAUGCCUACCUCCUCCUCAUCCUAUCUGCAGCAACCGAACAAAGUGCCAAAGCCUGAGGAUAAGCUUUUUGGCGAUCUUGUUAACAUCGCCAAAACAAAGCAAAAUAAACCUACUGCUGGUUAAGUUUGAGAGCAAGUGAACUCGGUGCGAGGAACUAUUCUUCAUAUGUAUUUUUUGAUUUGUUAUUGUUGGUUUCUGUUGCUUCCCUUGUAUUUUCUCUUUCUGCCUCCUUGUUUGUAUUUUUCCCUUU